GUUAUAUCCUGUUUUCCUUGGAUUUCAUUGUUUGGUUGUCUUCAGUUCAAACCAAUUUCAUGGCAUCUACUUCUAGGCAACCACAGGUUGAGCUUGCGGAUGCUUUUGAAGAAAUUGCACCAUCUGCAUCUACUUCUGGUAGAUCCAGAGUGCCUGUGAAAAAGAUGCCUUACGAUGUAUUUAUUAAUCAUCGUGGCCCUGAUGUCAAAUACACAGUGGCGACCACUCUCCAUAAUACCCUUAGUGUCUUGGGAUUUAGGGUUUUUCUUGAUUCAGAAGAGCUUGAAAUGCGUGAUUUCUUGCCUGGAGAAAUAGAAGAAGCUAUGCGCAGUCCUUCACUCCAUAUAGCUAUAUUUUCUCAGAAUUAUGCACAAUCUCCGUGGUGUUUGGCAGAGCUUUCAUUUAUCUUCAAAACAGGCAAGCAGAUUGUUCCUAUUUUUUACCACGUUCAGCCUGACGAUGUUCGAUACGCAAAAGGAGUCUAUGCUGAUGCACUUUCUCAACACAAAAACAAGGGUAGAUACACCUCAAAAAAGCUUGAAGAGUGGAAGAAUGCACUCAACAAUGUUUCCUACAAUGCCGGCUACAUCAUUAAUAACAAAGAAGAUGAGGAGAGAUUGCUCAAGAAUAUUGUUAAUUGUGUAUUGAAAGUAAUUAAAAAUGUGCCACUUGUGGUCGCCAAACAUCCAGUUGGUCUAAAUGAAGUUGUCAUAGACUUUGAGAGGACAAGACUUCAAUCUGCAGAAGGCCAUUGCACUGUACAAUUUGUGGGUAUCUGGGGUAUGGGUGGUUCUGGCAAGACCAGUCUUGCUAAACAGUUAUACAACAAUAAAUACAAAAAUAUGGAAAGGUGUAGUUUUUUAUUAGAUGCUGGUUCCAAAAAUAUAUUGUAUCAAAAACAGAAAAAGCUCCUAAGGGGCCUUGGUCUCAAAGAUGUAUCAGUUGACAAUAUAGAAGAAGGGAAGGGGAUUCUUGGUAGUCGUUUAAAAUCUGUUCAAGUGCUUAUUGUUCUAGAUGAUGUUGAUAAGGUAGAUCAAUUGGAUGCACUAGUGCCUAAGAAGGACAAUCUUGGAUGUGGUAGCUUAAUUAUAGUUACUACAAGAGAACUUCAAGUCCUUAGAUCUUGGGGCAUCUCAUCCAUUUAUAAGAUGAAAGCACUAGAUUCACCUCAUGCCAAGCAGCUCUUUUGUUGCCAUGCAUUCUUGCAGCCUUCUCCACUCCCAGACUUUGAGGAUUUGGUUAAAAACUUCCUAUAUGUUUGCAAGGGAUUACCAUGUCUCUAAAGGUUUUUGGAGCACAAUUAUACGGUAUCUCUAACAAAGAUUAUUGGGAACCUCAAUUAAACAAGAUAUCCAGAAUACUAGAUGAAGAUAUUAAGGAGAAGCUAAAAAUGAGAUGUGAUGCCCUAGAUAAUGAAGAGAAGCAGAUGUUUUUAGAUUGUGCUUGUUUCUUCAUUGGAGAUAAGAAAACAUCGGCCAUUGUAACUUGGGACGGAUCAGGGUGGAGUGGUCUCCAUGGUUGGGAAAGGCUUCUAAGUAAGUGUCUAGUUGAACUUGAUGAUUAUGUCUGUAUAAGAAUGCAUGAUCACUUAAAAGAUUUGGGAAGAGAAAUUGCAAUUCAACAGUCACCUUACCGACUCUGGUCUCCCCAACAGUCUCCCCAACAGAUCAUUAUUGCUGAUAACGAAGCACAGGUAAGAACAACAUUUUGAUUGUUUCUUUGAACAAUUUUGUGGAACCUUCUUUGUCUUCUUGUAGUUGUUUGAUUCUUGUCUCCAUGAAGUUUUACUUUUAAUUUUUUUUGUUUUCAUCGUUUUUACUCUUUAAAAGAGAAUUGUUAUUCGAGGAAUAAUGGCCAUAACAGCUGGAUCCACAAUAGAGGUUGAGUUUCCUCGAUGUUCCCAGGGUGGAGAGCUUAUAGUUAACACAAGCAGAGGAGAAGAUUGUGGCCUCACACCCAAUUCGCUUGGAUUAAAAUUUUUUCAGGUCACAGGAAAUUAUUAUAAUCAAGUAAUUGGUGAUAAAUCAAGAGAGUUGGUAUGGCUUCGCUGGUUUCACCAUGGACAAAGAAAUCUUCACUCAUUGAGUUCAUUGAAAAAUUUGAGGGUUUUAGAACUCAACGAAGAGCUUUGGGCUAAUAAACAUCACUUGGAAGAACUAUGGCAGACUGACAGCACAGGUCCUGUGCUGUUAAGAGAGCUGGUUAUUUAUGGGUGCUCAAAAGUUGAAGGGUUUCCAAAGUCAAUAGGAUGUCUCAUAAAUUUGAAAAAAAUUGUCUUGUCGUAUGGAUCAAAGAUGAAGAGCCUACCAGAAAGCUUUUGCCUUUUCCAAUCGCUUGAGCACCUGGAAUUACUUGUUUGUGUAAAGCUAUCAUCACUACCGAGCAGUUUUGGAAAUUUGAGAAACCUGAGGCAUCUAGAUUUGUCCGGUUGCACAGAAUUGAGUGUGUUGCCAGACUCUUUCAAGAAGCUAAUACUCCUAGGACACCUCUGCCUAGAGGGAUGUUCCACACUUACCUUAGAGUCGAACCUUUUUGUAAACAUCACAAAGAUUGAAUAUUUGAAUCUUGAAGGGUGCAUGUUGAAAGUGUUUCCUCGUCACAUCACAAAUCAGGUCAACUUGACAGUGCUCAGUGUAGAUGGUACCAGUGGUUUAAGGGAGAUACCAACAAACAUCAGUCAACCGGGCAAAUUACAAAAGUUUUAUGUCGGGAGUGAGUUGUUGACAAGCCUGCCGACAACUCUUGGAGAUUUUUCCUGCUUGACUGCUCUUAGAAUUUUAAUCAAUACCCCAAGCUAAAAAUUUUACCUGACUCUGGGGCAUCUAAAUCUCUUAGAGACUUUAGAAAUAAGCCAUUCAGGACUGGAAUCCUUACCAAAAGCAAUUAGGCAAUUGAAUAAUUUGCAAAAGCUCGUAAUAAAGGAGUGCCCAAUCAGCAAUAUGGAUCUCAGGGCAGGGUCGCUUACUUAUUCGUUGUGCAACCUUAAGCGGAUUUGUCUAGAGCGAACCCAAGUGGCCAAGAUUUCCAUCUCUGAAGACUGUUGUCCAGGCCUUGAAACUCUCGAACUUCAAAAUAAUGAGCAUCUAAUGGAGAUAGAAGUCCUUCCAACUACAAUCAAGAACUUAAGUUUGUUCUUGUCUAAAAUGGUGAGGAACAUUAACGUUAUUGCUGAUCUGGUAAACAUUCAAACUGUGGAUAGAUCAGUGGCCCAAGUUGGAUAUGCUUCCCAGUUUUGCACAAUUAGCUUCUCUCCAUUGGUUUGCACUCACAGAUUGCUAUGGAGUUAAGGAAAUACAAGGUUUGGAACAUUGCAGAGCAUCGGAGACGUUGGUAGCACAUACGAGGUGGGAGGAGGCGGGCCUAGAAACUCUGGAGCACAUGGAAAGAUUGAGGUCGCUGCAUCUCAGGGCAAUCGGCAGAUCAGCUGUUGAAGUUUGCAUUCAAAGCAUGCAGGUAAUGAUAGUUUAUAAGAAUGAAUUCUGAUUAUUUUCAACUGGUUGAAUGUUGAUGUAUAAAAGAUUUGCAGAAAUGGCCAGAAGCAAUAACAGUCUGCACACGGGUCUCCGUCAUUGACUCCUCCUACUACCAGACAAUUCAGUCCCGACCAUUCCUAAAAAUUUCCUCCAAAGCCCAUUGCAUCCUGCUAUGUUUUGUUUUCAAUUGUAAUCCUCCAAAGAACGAAUUUUGUGUAAGCUCUGGUGAAAAUGUUCUGUGGGUGGAGAAGGGUAAAUGAGUAUUGAUUUGUGUUUACACACAAUGUUCUAGGUGGCACGGAUGCUAUCCACUUCGUGGCCCCCCGAAGUAGAAGUGGAGAGAGGAAUGGCUGUGGUGGGAGAAGAAGAGAAAGUUGUGAAGGCUUUCCAGGACUUAUGGAAAUUUCUAUCAAAAGGUGGAUUUUAAAGAGCACUUUGACUAUGUGAGAUCUGCUUAACCCGUUCCUUUCACCAAGAUCCGUUUCUGUACUCCUAAACAGUCACAGUUACAAUCAGCAGUGGCAGCAGUUCCCCUAAACAGUCACAAUUACAGUCAGCAAUCAGAAGCCAGCAGUUUCCUUGCAUAAGAAAAAACAAACUCAAACUCACUGUUCCCGCUCUGCGGAAGUUUGGUGGAUACCAAAGCUCGUUUGAUCACGUAAAUGACCAAGAUAGCUUCUCAUGGAAUAUGGUUAUUGCAGCGUACAGAAGACAUGGUUUUCUUCACAAGGCAGUCGCAGGUCUAUAAGCCGAUCAGUGUACAUUUUCCCUCGUACCCCAGACUGUGCCAAAACGGGAACUUUGGAACAGGGUAUAGGUAUCCAUAAAAGCAUAAAGGAUAGGGGAAUUUUAUCAUAUGUUUUAGUCAGAAAUGCUCUGAAGACAUGUAUGCAAAAUAUGGAAGUAAAGAUAAGGUACAUGAACUGUUUGACAGAAUGCUUCGAAGAAGUGUGUUCUCAUGGAAUGUUUUGAUUGCAAGAUAUGGACAAAGUAGAUUUGUUGAGAAGGGUUGAGAAACUUUCAAGCAAUGCAUAUGGCAGCUGUAAAGCCAAAGUCGGCAAUCUUUGCCAGCACAUUCCUAGCCUGUGCCAAAUGGAACCUUUGGAACAGGGUAUGGACAUCCAUCAAAGCAUAAAGAUAGAGGAAUUUUGUCAGAUGUUGUACUUGCAACUGCUCUGGUAGACGUAUGCAACGUGUUGAAGCAUGGACAAAGCAGACAAAUUGUUUGACAAAAUGCCUCAAAAAAUGUGGUACGUAUGCAACGUGUUGAAGCAUAGACAAAGCAGACAAAUUGUUUGACAAAAUGCCUCCAAAAAUGUGGUCCCAUGGAAUGCCAUGAUUAUAGGAUAUGCUCAAAAUGGAUUUUUUGACGAGACUUUAGAAAAAACCCUGAUUUCACCCCACCGCAGCCUUCCACACUUACUCCCUGCUCUAGAAUGCCCAACAAAUUAUAUUUUCUAUGGUUGGAAUUCCGGUGACAGUCCUUAAGAACAUAAAGGAUUUGAGAGUGGUAAAUCCUAAGAAUCAAGCGAUGAGAAUAUAUUCGAGCCUGUGGAAUGUAGAUGAUUGGGCAACGAGAGGCGGUGCAGUGAAGAUUUACUGGAGCAUCUCUCCUUUUGUUGCUUCAUAUAGAAAUUUCAAAAUACAGGCAUGCUCUGCCUCCUUUGUUUGCUCUGUGAAUUCAUGGUACAUUUCAGAACGUCAGAGGCACUGCAGUCGAGUGAGCAGCAGAAACUUUAAUGUGUGCACAAGAAUUAUAUUAAUUACGAUUACUGCUCGGAUCCCCAAAGCUUUUCAUAGGGUUUUCCUCCUGAAUGCACUUGUCGGGGUUUCAACUGAUUUCAAAGGAUUGACAUACAUGAUUCUCAAGCUCAAGUGGCUAUUUAUAACCCUCAUUAUUUUGCAAGGAUCGCAAUACUGAUCUAUUGAAUAAAUAUGUAACCAUCUUUUCUUUUGAAAGACCUUCGACUCAUUUCAAAAUACCGAUUUUGCAAUUUACUGGGGUGGUUAAUCU